CCCCACCAAAAAAAGACAGUACAGGGGAAGAGAGAGAAAAUCAUAUUCUUUCGAUUCUCUCUCUCUCCUCCCCCUUUCUCUCUCUCUCCAGAAUUCCCAAAACCCCAUACAAUCCAUCCUGGUCGAUUCUCCCUAGAGAUCUCCAUGAAAAACCUUGUAACAGAAGAGGAGAAGAAACAUCGCUUCUAGCGGUUGGUGCAGUUUUAUUAUGCAAGUCCUUUCGUACGAUGACGAUUUUCUCCCCAGGGUUUCGAUAGAAACACAAGAUAAGAAUCAGCAUGGUCGCGGUCGUCACCAUCGUCGGGCUUCCUCAUGCUGCGGCGUCCCCAUCUCUCCCAACCUGCCGCGCAUCGAAGGUUUCACCAGGAACAGUUUCUCCUACGACAAGCUCCCCCAGCGCCCCUUCCAUCUAACCGUUCACAAGCUUGAUGGCUCCUCCUUUGAUGUUGAGGUGGCGAGGUUGGCAACAGUCGCGGAAUUAAAGCAGGCGGUGGAAGGUGUCUUCGCUUAUAUGCCGAGGGAAGGAGAUGGCAAGAUUUCAUGGUCACAUGUAUGGUUGCAUUUUUGUUUAUGCUAUGACGGUUGGAAGCUUCUUACUGAUAGUGAACCAAUCAGUAAUUAUGGUAUCAGCGACGGAGAUCAGGUUCAGUUUGUUCGCCAUGUCUCAAUCAACUACAAUAUGGUACAGAGGCGAUCAAAAGAUAGAUUGUCUUCUUUGGAACAACCCUACAUAUCGGAUGGCUUUGUGGAGAGGGAACAUGAUGGUGAGAAGGAUGACGUCUCUAAUGAUCAAGAUAUCUCAAACCACCAGCAUUACGUUGAUGGGCAAGAGACUAUCACGGGAUGCUAUGAAUUGAAGUUUGCUAGGGUUUUUGGUGGUUGGUUCUCAUACCGCAAACUCGGGAGUAGUCCUGGGAGCAGAAAUUCUUUUUCAUCAAGAUUGACAAAUGGUUUCUUGGGGAGUAUCAGAAGUAUCGUACGGCUUUGUAGUAGUAAUAAACUAAAUCCUCAAAAAGAUCCUUUGGAAGAGGUCUAGUGAUAAGAGGAAGAAGAUUUUCACACUCCCUUUUUUAACU